AUUUAAAGCAUCAAACGUUAAAAACUCCUCGAACGUUUAACACACAAUAAACGGACGGUUUGUUUGCUGUUCUAAGAAAUUAAAUGAAAUAAACAAACAAGAAUUGUUUAAACAACUAAAACACACUCACACAACGAACAUUCAUUCACACAGAUACAACAAUUCCUCCUGCAGAGUUUCAGACUUGACUGUGCGUCCGUCUGUCGGUCGGUCGGUUUGCUUGUGUGUGUUUGUUUAUAUUAAUGUGUGAUAUUUAGAGUUUUGUAGAUUUUGAACUCCGCUUGACAAACUUCAAUUCCCGUUGCGGUAACUCAGUUGAGUUUUAACUACGGAAUGGCACUGUUGCUUCAAACAAGUGUAACGCAUAAAUAAACAUAAUAUUAAAAAAAGCGAAAGAAAACAAAUUUAUUUAAAGUUAAAUAGAGAAGGGACAAUAAAGUUCUUAUCAUUUAAAAUUAACGCUUAUUAAUCUGAAAUCUUUUCAUAAAUCUAACGAACAAGUGUGUUUAUUUAUAAAUUCAUCAAAAAAAAACAUAAAUUUUUAUAUUUUAAAAGAAAGAAUUAAAUAACAUUAAAAUAGUGAAUAUAUUUUAAAUUUACCGCUAAAUUAUAUGUGUUUAACGUGGGCUGUUAUAAACAAACGUCAAAACGCUUUUAAAAGUGACUAAACAACUUCAAAACAAAGUUAAGAAAUCAAAUUUUUUUAAAAAAAAACACAAAGUUAAUAAAUUAUACACACAAUCAAGCGCAAUCAUUAUUAGAUACUUGUGGCGUGAGUUGUGUUGGUGUUAAUACUGUUUUGCUAGAACACAAUAAUAAUAAAUAUAAAAUAUUAUAUACAAAUUUAAAUAUUUAACAAAUAACGAUCGAUAUCAAUACAAAACAUAAUCAUUGAAUUAAUGAAUGAAAUUCAAAUUUAUUUAAAGUGUGUGUGUGUGUUUGUGGAUAUUUUUUUGUGAAUGAAUAUUUAAAAUCGAACAAAUACAAACAGAAACAAAAUUAAUAAUUAUUUAACGUAAUUUGAAUUAGAUUUGUGUGUUGGCGUUUCCUUGAUAUUAGUAAUUUUUUGAACGAAAUAUUCAUACGUAAUUAUUUUGUGGAAAUAAUAAUUACAAUAACUGUAGUUUAAACUAAAUAUUGUUGAAAUGUUUAAAACUAACUGCCACUUAGUGUAAGUUUUAAUGUUUAAAAUAUAACAAAUUUGUUGCUUUUUUUCAAAACGAAAAACAAAACCCUUAACAAAAUGUGUAAAAUUGUGAAAAGUAUUUAAAAUAAAAGACCUUUAAAAAGUUUUAAAAACUUGUGCAAACUCAAAGUAUAAACUUGUUUUCAACGCAUUUAUCAAGCCUGCCCUGUGACUGCUGCCUGUUCCCUUGUUUCCUUUUAAAAGGACACUCCACUCACCGUCAUCGUCAUCAUCAUCAACAACAUCGACUUGAACAUCAACAACGUCUGGCUUUGUUAACGUCUUUGUUUUGUUUUAUUUCAAUUUUUAUUUGUUGCUAGCAGCUUGCAACAUUUAAUGCCACAAGAUGCAUCUGCCGUUAACACAUUUUUGGAUAACUUUGACAUUUACGUUGCUUGCGGUCAUUCUAUUGACUUCGGCUCAGUCAUUGUCUGCAGUACAAAAGUUUCGUGUGACGCCACAUGAUUUACAAAUUUUAGAGGGUACCGACACAUUGCUGCGCUGUGAAGUGGCCAAUCGUGCCGGUCAAGUUCAGUGGACUAAAGAUGGGUUUGCCUUGGGUUUCUCAGCGGUUAUUCAUGGUUUUCCACGUUAUUCGGUUUUGGUGGACGCUGUAAAUGGCAUAUAUAAUUUGCAAAUCAAAAAUGCUUCCCUAGAAGAUGAUGCUGAAUAUCAGUGUCAAGUUGGUCCAGCUGCUGGUAAUCCUGCCAUUAGAGCCAAUGCCAAAUUAAGCAUAGUAGCUGCACCUAGUUCGAUAGCCAUUGAUGGUUAUGCCCCAAAUGCCAAAGUUGAGGUAGUGGAAAGACAGAAUCUUACACUCAAGUGCAUAGCCGAGAAUGCCAAUCCAGCAGCGAAUCUAAUAUGGAAUAGUAAUAAUGUACCUUUAAUGGGUGUUAAACCUCAUGUUGAGAUAACUGAAAGUGCCGCCAAGCGUUACACUACCAUAUCCACAAUAACCAUACAGCCUAAAGCUGAUGAUGAUUUUAAAGAUUUUGCCUGUGAGGCAAAACACAAAGCUUUGCCACCUGAUGUUCCCAUGCGCUCAUCCAUACAAUUAUCUGUGUUGUAUCCUCCUGGUCCUCCAUUCUUUGAGGGUUAUACUCAGGGUGAAACCUUAAGAAGAGGACAAAAUGUUAAAAUCGCUUGUCGUAGUCGAGGAGGAAAUCCACCUGCUCAAUUAGUUUGGUAUAAAAAUGGCGAACCCAUUAGCUCUCCUCAGAGAACAUCGGGUCGUUUGUCGGAGAACGUUUAUAGUUUUAUAGCUGAAGACUCAGAUAAUGGAGCAAAUUUAGUGUGUGAAGCUAAAAAUAUUUUAUCAAAUACUGCCUUUAAAGCUGAACUAAAUUUGACUGUAUUGUUUGCCCCCAAAGAAGUUACCAUUAGUGGCGCUACAGAGGCCAAAGUGGGAGACUUUGUGCAAUUAAGUUGUGUAACAGCACCCUCCAAUCCACCAGCCCGCAUAAGUUGGUCCUUAAAUGGACGUCCGCUUAGCAAUUCAACAUACAAGACGCAAAAAAGUGUUGAAGGUGGUUGGUUUAGUACUUCGAAUGUCUCCAUAAAUAUCGAUGCCAACUCGCGUACAUUUGUAGCUGUCUGCCAUGCUCUUAACGUUGAAUUGACUCAAAAUGUUGUGGGUUCUCACAGUGUUAAUGUUUUAUAUCCACCCUCACCACCCUUGUUGACGGGCUAUAAUGAUGGUGAUGUCAUCACCUCAGGUUCUGUUAAGAAAUUACAAUGUGCUUCGUCUGGUGGCAAUCCUCCACCCUCGUUGAUAUGGUAUAAAAAUGAUAAGAAAUUGAAUACCCAAAGUAAAAUCCAGGAUUCUAAAAUCUCCUCCGAAUUGACCAUUUUGGUAAAUUCCUCCGAUAAUAAUGCCAUUUAUAAGUGUGAAAUUCAGAGUCCUGCUAUUGAAAUACCACUGUUUGCGACCAAAACUUUAAGUGUUCAUUUUCCCCCAGAGACAGUGAAAAUUUCCGUUGAACCUAAAAAUUUAGUACCUGGCAUAAGAGCCAAGUUGAUAUGUGAUUCCAGUUCAAGUAAUCCACCAGCUAAGGUUUCAUGGUGGAAGGAUGGCAUACCCGUGGAAGGUGUUAAUCUCUCAACUAAACCGGGUUUAUGGGGUGGUUCAGUGUCUACACUGGAGGUGUAUGUAAAUAUUACUCAAGAUUUGGAUGGCAUUAUUUAUACAUGUCAAUCUAUAAAUGAGGUUUUGCAACGUAGUGUUCAUGAAACUGUCAGUUUGGAUAUAUUAUAUCCUCCUAAAUUUGAUAAUCCUCAAAUGUCCUCCUACAUGGGUGUAGAGGGAGAGCCUUUGCGUAUUGAACUUCAUGCUAGCGGUAAUCCCAUGUCAAUGUCAUACACAUGGACUAAAGACGGUUUGCCCAUAAUGAAUAAUGCCCUUGGUCAGCGUAUCAUAUCCGAUGGUUCUACACUUAAUAUUAAUAAACUCUCACGUAAUGAUGCCGGUAGUUAUAUUUGCGAAGCUAUGAAUUCCCAGGGCACCGCCAUUAUGGAAAUACAAAUAGUGGUUGAAUAUCCACCUUCAAUUGAAUCGGUAACUGAAAAUUCCAGCUUUGCUGAAGGAGAGGAAGCAGUUUUAGCUUGUAAUAUUUUAGCGAGACCCUUAGCAGCCGAACAUGUCACCUGGAUUAGAGCCGGCUAUGACAUGUCACAGAGAACCAGUAUCACUUAUGACAAUGGCACUUCGUACCUACAUAUCAGCAAUGUUCAACGUUCGGAUAUUGGUAAUUUUACUUGUGUAGUGGAUAAUCAAAGAGGAGCUCCAGCCCAAAGAGAUGUUUUGUUGGUGGUGCAAUCUGCCCCAGAGUUGGAUCAUUCUCCAGCUUUUACACGGUUUGCUUCGCGUAUGGGUGAUAGAGGUCGUAUUGUUUGUCGCGCUGUAGCGGCACCCCAACCUAGUUUCGUCUGGCGUCGUAAUGGCAAAGAUUUGAAGAUGCGUCGUAAUAAAUUCAAGGCUUUAGAUCGUAAACUCAAUGCUUUAACAUAUGAGUCAUCGCUAAUGAUUGAAAAUACUUCAGCCGAUGAUUAUGGGCAAUAUGAAUGUGUGGCUCGUAAUACUCAUGGCCAGGCUAGCUCUACAUUGGAAUUUUCAAAACCUAUGAGACCGGAUACACCUUUGGAUAUACAAGUGAAUAAUGUAACCGACAAUGGAGUGGAUUUAUCUUGGACUCCUGGUUUUGAUGGCGGUUUACCCGUCUACUAUCGUUUGAGAUUUAAAAUAUUCAAUGAAGAUAAAUACAAAUACGUGGAUGCCAAACCUGGAAGUAUAAAUAUUACAAUUGAUGGCUUAAAGGCAGGCAGUACAUAUGUGUUUUCUGUGAUGGCCGCCAAUGAAGCGGGUGGCAGUAAAUUUUUACCCGACAUAAAGCUAACAUUAACAAAAGGAUCCCAACCUUAUUCAGCGGAACUAAAUGAAAAGGAUGAAAUGCCCAAUAUGAUGAUAAUUGGAAUAACAUCGGCUGCCAUGGGUUUGUUGAUCCUAAAUGCUGCCCUGGUGGCCUGGUUUGUAAUACGACGACAGAAUAAGAAUUCAACAGAAACUGAAGCACCUAAUGAUGAUGCUUAUUCUAAAGAAGAUAACCAAUCUGUUUAUAAGUUGCCAAUUUCUGCUUUGCAGGCCGAUGUCCAAAAACAAGCCACCUCCACUUAUCUGGUAGAAAAUGUUGACAUCAUACAAUCAACUGCCUAUCCACCAAAAUACCAAGAGAGUUCCAUGUGCAGUCCGCCUUAUAUGUGUAAUCCAGAUUUUACACGUACUCUACCCAAUCCCAAGCGUCACAGCAACCGCAGUGGCAUGCCAGAGCCCACACGUUCCAAAGAUGAUCACAUGCUCAUGUCCAAUGGCAUGUACAUACCCUCGCCAUCGCCUGCCUCUUCGCUGGUCAUCAAGGGCAGUUAUAUAUCUUCACCGUCACCGGCUCCGCCACCAGAUGGCUCGUAUUUUAAUAUGAGUGACAAGUACAUCUCGUAUCCACCUGUGGCCUACUGAAGCUGAUUUAACCUGCAGCAGCAGUAGAGUCGUCAUUCAUUGCUAAUGGCCCGCAACUCUCAAUACCAUUAAGGAAACUCAUAGAGCUUCUCUCGAUUACUAGACUGACUGAUGAAUGUUAAAACACAAAACUUUAACUCCAAAAGAAAAAAAAACGAAACGAAAAACAAUUCAAAUCUUAAAUAAAUUUAAAAAUAUUAUAAAUAACGACAAAGCAAAUCAAAAGAAUCAAAACACAAAAACAACAAAAGAAUCGAAUCAAUUAUAAAUGUACAAACGAUACGAAUUAAAUUCAACAGAGCGGGAACUGACGGGCCCGUGUUUGAAACCCGUUCUAUAUAUACAAAACAACAACACAAACAACUAAAAACAAAAAGAAACAUAUU